GUGUUUUUUCAAUUUAAUACAAAAAGAUGAGUUUGUUGAUUGGUUGCUUUUUAGUCCGAGAUAUAUACUCCAACCACCAAUAUUCUUUGUCUGUGUAGAAACCCUUUGUGUAUUUGGUUUCUCUCCUGAAGGUAAAGCGGAGAAGAGAAGCAAGGAAGGACCCUUGUUCCCUCAACGAAGGAGAGAUGGGGAAGGAGGGUGAAACCAAAGUGGUGGAGCAACCUUUGCCACCGCCAUCAAAGUUCCCGUUGAGCUUUUGGGAAGCCACGGUGGCUUCAAUGGUGGCCAUGCUUUUUGUGGUGGGUCUUCUCUGUGUGUACCUCACCAUGCCCGAUUCGGAUUACAGCUUCCUCAAGCUUCCGCGCACCCUCCAAGACCUUCAACUCCUACGAGAUAACCUUGAGAGCUAUACAAGUGACUACACUGCACAAGUCUUGGUGGGAUACUGCGUGGUUUAUAUUUUCAUGCAGACUUUCAUGAUUCCAGGGACUGUAUUCAUGUCAUUGCUUGCGGGAGCACUCUUUGGAGUCUUUAAAGGUGUGGCUUUGGUUGUAUUUACUGCCACAGCAGGAGCUUCUUCAUGUUAUUUCCUGUCAAAACUGAUUGGAAGACCUCUUCUUUCUUCUCUCUGGCCUGAAAAGUUGAAAUUCUUUCAAACCCAGGUGGCGAAAAGAAGAAAGAGUUUGUUGAACUACAUGCUCUUUCUGAGACUGACUCCGACGCUGCCCAACACAUUUAUUAAUUUUGCUUCACCAAUUGUGGAUGUUCCUUAUCAUAUUUUCUUCAUGGGAACUGUCAUUGGACUCAUACCUGCUGCAUAUGUCACUGUCAGGGCUGGAUUAGCUCUUGGAGACUUACAAUCCGUGGGGGAUCUCUAUGAUUUUAACUCAAUUGCUACUUUGUUUCUCAUUGGUGUUGUUUCAGUAACACCCACACUAAUGAGCAAGAACGAAUCAUAGCAUUUCAGAAGCCAAGAAUCUUGGAAACGAGGCCCUUGUUCUAGUGACACCUAAUACCAAUUCAGUAUUUGUACAUAUCUCCAAAAAAAAGGAAGAAAAAA